AUGCGCCGCGCCAGCCGAGACUACACCAAGUCCCUGCGCGGCCCCGAGGACAUGGGCAGCGGCGGCGCCGGCGCCCCGCACGAGGGCCCCCUGCACGCCCCGCCGCCCGGGGCCCCCUCCCCGCACCCGCCCGCCGCCGCCUCCCGGGUCAUGUUCGUGGCGCUCCUGGGGCUGGGGCUGGGCCAGGUGGUCUGCAGCGUCGCCCUGUUCCUCUACUUCCGAGCGCAGAUGGAUCCCAAUAGAAUGUCAGAAGAUGACACUCACUGCAUUAAUAGAAUUUUCAAACUCCAUGAAAACACAGAUUUGCAAGACACAAGUCUGGAGAGUCAAGACACAAAAUUGAUACCUGAUUCGUGUAAGAGAAUUAAACAGGCCUUUCAAGCAGCUGUGGGAAAGGAAUUACAGCAUAUUGUUAGAUCUCAACACAUCAGAGCAGAAAAAGCUACAGUGGAAGGUUCGUGGUUAGAUCUGGCCAGGAGGAGCAAGCCUGACACUCAACCUUAUGCUCAUCUCACUAUUAAUGCCACUGACAUUCCAUCAGGUUCCCACAAAGUGAGUCUGUCCUCCUGGUACCAUGACCGAGGUUGGGCCAAGAUCUCCAACAUGACUUUCAGCAAUGGAAAACUAAUUGUCAACCAAGACGGCUUUUAUUACCUGUAUGCCAACAUUUGCUUUCGCCAUCAUGAAACUUCGGGAGACCUUGAUACGGAGUAUCUUCAGCUGAUGGUCUAUGUCACUAAAACCAGUAUUAAAAUCCCAAGUUCCCACACCCUGAUGAAAGGAGGAAGCACCAAAUACUGGUCAGGGAAUUCUGAAUUCCAUUUUUACUCCAUAAAUGUUGGAGGAUUUUUUAAAUUACGGUCUGGUGAGGAAAUAAGCAUCGAAGUAUCCAACCCUUCACUACUGGAUCCAGAUCAAGAUGCAACGUACUUUGGGGCUUUUAAAGUUCGAGAUAUAGAUUGA